AUGAGUAGAUGGAAAGGGUUAUUGCCACAACAAACUAUCUUUAUGUUUGAUAAUGUAUUAGUGGAUGGUCGAGCCUUGGCUUGUUUAUUACCCUACGGCAAGAGCGGUCAAGGAGAGGAGGUCAAAGUCAAUUAUAAGUCCCGCCUUUGCUCCAACUGUCCCGACCAACAAGAAGCUAAUGUCGAGGAAGCAUUAUUAGAAGUAAUAAAAAAUGCUGUCGAAAGCGUGAUGGGUGGAGUAAAAGUAGAGAGUUCGCCUGAUAGCGUGAAAUUUACCUCCGAUGGUUUGGAAAUCAGUGGUUCAGAAUACCUCGUAAAAAUAGAUAAAAGCAGAGAAAUUGAAGACUUAUUGGACUGA